CGGCGUCGCCUUCGCCGGGAGGAGAAGGAGGAAGGGGGCUCCGCUCGUCCCCCGGCGGGAGUUGGGGCUCGCAGGUGCGGGCAAGCGGUGGGUGAAGGGGGAAUCCUCUCCCGCCGGCACCAUGGAGCUUUUUGGGAGCUUUGUCCGGCCCCACGGGGACACCUUGGGGUUCCCAGCAGCUCGCCCCGGGAACACGGGUGUGGUGAAGACCCUGGGGAACACUUAUCAGUUCACGGUGGAUGUCAGCGACUUCGCGCCCGAGGACAUCAUCGUCACCACCUCCAACAACCAGAUCGAGGUGCACGCUGAGAAGUUGGCCACGGAUGGCACCGUCAUGAACACCUUCACCCACAAGUGCCAGCUGCCCGAAGAUGUGGACCCCACGUCCGUGUCGUCCUCGCUGGGGGACAACGGGAUGUUGACCAUCCGGGCUCAGCGCCGGCCGGCCAAGCACUCCGAGCACGUCCAGCAAACCUUCCGGACUGAGAUCAAGAUCUGAGGGCUCGGGGGGCUCCUUUCCCCCCUCUCCUUUCCCUCCCUCGCUAAUUAAAUGGGUGAUUUGGGAAGGAGGUGUGGGAUGUGGGGUAGGGAAUGGGAAGGCUCCCAUCAGAGCGGGGUCAGACCUGUGCUGAACGCGUCCGUCACCCACCGGAGGGGAGUCCCAGCUCCGGUGAUUUUUAGCUGGCGUGCAUUGAGGGGGGAGAUCCAGCGUGCCAAGAGUCCUGCGGGGAGCCAGGUUCCCUUCCCAACCCUCUGCCAGAGCUUGUCUUUGUAUAUAGAGCUUGGGAUAAAUUAUUGAGAACGUC